AUGGCGGCCGUAUUGCGCCUAUUCAGACCGUCUCUGGCAAAAACUCCACCUCCCUUUGCUGAGAGCGACGACGUCUAUCCCGUUCAUAUGCUAGACGACACCAAGACGCUGCGAGACAUUGUCGUCACAUGGACGCUGUGCUUCAACGAUGUGCUGGAUGCGGACAACUUGUACGCAUCACUGUCAAAGCUAUUGGAGAUUGGCGACUGGAGGAAGGCCGGGGGGCGGCUGCGGUUAAAGCUGGAAAUUCAUGUCCCGCGGGCCUUUACGGCGGAACGUCCUGCUGUGUACUACACCCACCAAGCCCUAGACAUGAAUAUUGAAGACCACCCGCUGGCGAAGUCCCUCCCGAAAGCCACUGAAGCCCCGUCCAUCCAACCUGGGCCCCAGGUCUUUCGAGCUUUCGCGGCUUGUGAAGAUGCGCCGGAGAAGCUUGAAGACUUCAUCUACCAGGACAUACCCCAACUGUCGCUCCAUAUAACUUCGUUCAACGAUGCGACGCUCGUGGCUCUCUUAUGGCCACACACACUAAUGGAUGUCAUGGGCCAGCAGGCCCUCCUGCAUGGUUGGUCUCUGGUGCUAGCUGGCCGAGAGUCCGAAGUGCCACCCAUGCUCGGAGCACGAGAGGACGCCCUAUAUAUAGCGACAGAUAAAUCUGUGGAGCAGGAGGAGUUUAUAGUGGGACAGAAGCAGUUGAGGGGAUGGAGCAUGCUCAUGUUUGUGCUUCGAUUCGUUUGGGACCUUCUGUGGAAUCAAGUUGUCGAGACGCGCACCAUCUUCUUGCCUAAGAGGGCGGUGAAUGAGUUAUGUCGCCAGGCACGGGGCGACCUGGCGGCUCAGGAUAACGGGGAGCAGAAGCCCUUCAUCAGCGAAGGUGAUGUGCUGACAGCGUGGGCAGCGCGCGCAGUGGCGUCCUCCCUACCGAAGCCACGACCCGUGACGGUGCUUCAUGCGCUCAACGCGAGGUUCCGUCUCACGCCCCUGCUUCAGGCCUCCGGUGUUUACAUCCAGAACAUGGCGGUUGCAGCUUUCACAUUUCUGUCUUCCGAAGUCGCGACUGGACCACUAGGGCCUAUCGCUCGGGAGAACCGCCGCCAUCUGAUAGAGCAGUCGACCGAGGCUCAGGUACUGGCCUUCCUUCGCGAGCUCCAACGGGAAUUUAAGUCCGGCAGUGAUGCAACGCUGGUGUGCGGUGAACCCGACGCCGUACUUAUACCCUUCACCAAUUGGACAAAGGCCAAUCUGUUCAAAGUGGUCGACUUCAGCCCCACGGUUAAACGCGUUCAUGGUUCUGGGCAAAGACAACAGUGA